AUGGUAGGCUUCGAGGGGACUCCUACGCCUCUUGCUGUGUCCUCUAGCCUCUUGCUGUGUCCUCUAGCCUCUUGCUACCUGAUCAUGUUGAUAAUCUUCUUCCUGGACAACACCAUCAUGUGGUAUGAGAGUAUAAUGCUGGUGGCUGGCUACAGCUCCUAUGUCUGCUUCAUGAAGUACAACGUUCAGCUGGAGGCAGCAUUCAAGAACCAGCUCAGGAAACAUCAGCACAUCAUUAAUAUCAUCACUGUGGCUGUUGAGGAUGAACCUGAUAAGGAUGAGACAGCAGGUCAGAAUAGUAGCCCUCCUGCCCCAGAAGACAAGAAACUAUUAAAGUUGAAGCCUGUCCUCCAGAGAGGAGGAAGUUCAGCCUCUCUUCACAACUCCACCAUGAGGAACACCAUGUACAAGCUGAUGAUUCACACUAGACCCCCUGGGAAACAUGUGGAGCAGAUGAGGAUCUACAAAGAACCAGCUGUCCCUGCACCCUCAGCCGCCCCAGUUCCAGCCCCUGCUCCAGCCCCAGCCAAGGAGGAGGAGACGAAGAAGGAGCAGCCAGAGGGUCAGAUGGAGGACAAAUCGGCAGCAGUUGGUUCGUCUUGUAGUGAGGAUGAUGAUGAUGAUGAUGAUGAUGAUGAUGACAGUGAUGAAGAUAGUUCUGAUGAGGAAAGUUCUGAUGAGGAAAGUUCUGAUGAAGAUGACGAUGAGGAAGAUGAGGAAGAUGAUGACCUUGAUGACAAGCCUCUGUCUUUGGUGUGGCCGGACACCAGAUGUAAACAGGCCACCUAUCUGUUCCUCCUGCCUAUAGUCUUCCCUCUGUGGCUCACCGUGCCCGACGUCCGUAACCCGAUAUAUAAGAGGUUCUUUGUGAUCACCUUCCUGGGGUCUAUCCUAUGGAUCGCCGUCUUCUCCUACCUCAUGGUGUGGUGGGCACAUCAGGUGGGAGAGACCAUAGGCAUCUCAGAGGAGAUCAUGGGCCUAACCAUCCUGGCUGCAGGAACGUCCAUCCCUGACCUCAUCACUAGUGUUAUUGUGGCCCGUAAAGGACUGGGGGAUAUGGCUGUGUCCAGUUCUGUGGGCUCCAACAUCUUUGACAUUACCAUGGGCCUGCCAGUCCCGUGGUUAUUGUGGUCGUCGUUCCAUGGUUUUGCUCCGGUGCCCGUCAGCUCCAACGGUCUGUUCUGUGCCAUUGUGUUGCUCUUCCUCAUGCUCCUCUUCGUCAUCAUCAGUAUUGCUGUGUGUAAGUGGAGGAUGAACAAGAUGCUGGGAUCUACCAUGUUCCUUCUCUAUUUUGUCUUCCUGGUGCUGAGUGUUCUGCUAGAGGACAGAGUUAUCAUCUGUCCUGUGUCCAUCUGA